AUGGCGGACCAACAUACCUCGUCCCGCCCCGUGGCCCGGAGACGACGACGACGCAUGGGCCGAUGGCUCCUCUUGCUGGCGCUGGCGCUGCCGCCGGCCACGGCCACGCUGCUGGACAAGGACCUCGCGCUCUCGUGCACGCCGCUCCAGAAGAACCAGGUGACGCCGACCAACAACUAUUGCGGUGUCGACAUGCGCCUCGCCUUUGCCGUGCCCGUGGACCUGCCGCGUGACGCGGCGCCGACGAACCUCACGUCGUCGUGCACGCUGAACCAGAUUCCGUUGCCCAACACGACGCUGGCGCUUGACGCGGCGUCGUCGUGGAAGCUGCACGUCGGCUACACGGUGCAGCUCGGCGACCCCGACUCGGAGCCCGGCAUGACGCGCAUUCAAUGCAAAGUGAUGGCGAAGGGCGUGUCGACGCCAAUCGCUACGGUCGACGACACGGUACCGAUGGCCAUCUAUGCGUACCCGCCCGAGGUCGACGCCGUCGAGAUUGUCGUCCCCAAGGCUGCGCCCACAUCCGCGCCCGUUGCGACGCCCAGCGACGAUGCCGCAGCAACGCCGGCGCCAACGCCAGCGCCAGCUAUUGGCAUUGACCAAACUGUCGCGUUCUCCCUCGUGACCAAGUCCAACCAUGACGUGGCGGGCAAGUGCAAUUUGCAGCCCAUCGGCCAUACGAUCGACAUUCGCGCCUCCAAGGGCUCGUACGUCGUUGCCAAGGGUGAUCCCUUCGUGCUAGCCGGUGGCAUGUCGUACCAGUGCAACGUCACGGACGACGCGGGCAACGUUGCGAGCGCACGCGGUGUCGUCACCAGCCACGGCGUGCUCGUCGACGGGACACUUCCGAUCCUCGAGAGCAUCUUUAUGGUCUUUUCGUCCGAAGUGCCCGCCAAGAUUGGGUCGCUCGUGACAAUUUCGCUCCAGGCGGCCAACCGCACGAGCGGCUACUUUGGCAACUGCACUGUCAACGGCGUUGGCGGCAUUGAGCUCUCGGAGACGUCGGACGCGCACGGCGGGCUGUACAUGGCCAAGUACCUCGUCAACGCCGGCGACCGUGACAUCCCGAUCAACGGCACACUGCCGCUCGAGUGCCGCGUCGCCAACGAUGCCGGCAACACGUACGUCUUUACGGCCGACCCAAAGCUCGACUUUUCGAUCGACGCCAACCGGCCAACGAUCUCGGCCACGACGCUGCUCUUCUCGUCCGACGACCCGGCCCACGUCGACAGCGUCAUCGAAGUGCAAAUUCGCACCAGCCACGAAACGACGGCCCUCACUGUGCACAAGGACGACUGCGAAAUCAACAACGCGACCGUCGCCAAGAGCUUUACGCGGUCAGGCCUCGACACGUAUCUACUGACCUAUGUGCUGGGGAAGGAAGACUCGAUGUGGAAGCCCGGCAAACUCCCGAUCAACUGCGCCCUCCAAGACGCAGGCGGCAACGUCGUGGUCGUCGACGCAUUUACGGACGGCAACACGCUCUUUGCCCGCGAGCUCAAGCCGUACGAGUUUGACCCGACAAAGGACUUUGCCGCGUACCUCCCGGACCGCCUCGCGCUGCUUUCGUUUAUCAUUGUCGCGAUCGCGUCCCAUACGAUCGCAAACUUCUUUCCCUUUGUGGGCCUCCCGCGCAUCACGGGGUACCUCGCCACCGGCAUUGUCGCUGGCCCGUACGUCCUCGGCUUGAUCACGGCCAACGAGACCCUCCAGAUGCGGUUUGUCGACGAAGUGUCGCUCGCGUACAUUGGGUUGGCGGCCGGCGCCAAGUUGCACUGGUCUGAGAUGCGCCGGAAGCUCAAGAGCAUCAUGUGCGUCACGAUCUGGCUCACGUUUUUUGAGUACAUUGUCGGGACGCUCACCAUCAUUGUGCUCGCCAACCACCUCGUGUUCCUGCAGAGCACGACGUCGACCGAGCGCUACGCCAUCUCGAUGCUCGCCGGCUGCAUGAUGAUUGCGCGGUCGCCGUCGUCGGCGCUCGCCGUCAUUGAAGAGACCGGGUCCCAAGGCCACUUUACCACGUUCCUUUUCUCGGUCACGGUGCUCUGCGACGUGGUCGUCAUCGUGCUCUUCAACGUCAACAACAUGAUCACGGAAGCGUUCCUCUCCAACAAGAGCGUCUCGUCCGCGAGCGUGUUUGAGCUGAUCGGUGAAAUGGCCAUCUCGAUCGGCGUCGGCGUCGUCGCGGCCAAGGUCAUCUCGUACGUGGUGCUGUGGCGGACGCCGCGCGUGCGCCGGAAGAGCCGUCUGUACAUUUUGCUGCGGCUCUGCAAGCAAGCGGUGAUUCUGCUCUUUGGCUUUUCCCUCUUCGUGCUCGGGCACCUCUGCCGUCCGUGGCUCGAACCGCUCAUGUGCUGCAUGGUGGCCGGCGCCACCUUGUACAACUGGAACCCGACCUCGAACCGCGAAGAGCUCUCGCUCCUGCUCAAGAACAUGGCCGACUUUGUCUACGUCGGCUUCUUUACGCUCACGGGCGCGUCGCUUGAGCUCGAUAUGCUCGUCAAGGCGCUCGCGGUUUCGCUCGUGCUGUGCAUCACGCGCAUAGUUGCUAUCUUUCUCGGGGCGUACGUCGGUGGCACGAUCGCCAAGGAGAACCCGAUGCACAACAAGGUGUCGUGGAUGGGGUACAUAACGCAGGCCGGCGUCACGCUCGGUCUCGCCAAGAAGAUCCAGCUCUUGUACCCGGGCUGGGGCAGCUACUUUGCGACCAUGAUCGUCUCGGUCGUUAUCUUCAACCAGCUGCUCGGGCCGCCCUUGCUGCGCAUGGUGCUGCGCUACGUCGGCGACUGCCGCCAAAAGGAGAACGGCAAGGUCGACGGGCUCCGGUCGCUCAUCAUUGGCGACGACAAGCGCCUCGUGGUCGUCAACUCGGCCAAGCGCCGCAUGAAGAACUGCGGGUGGGAGCCGUUUAGCUUUUGCAUGGCCAUGCAGGACGCCGAAGACGCGGUCGAGAUGAACGCGCAGCUGAAGGAGGCGCUCAAGAUCCACGAGCCGCUCGACGUUGUUGUCGUCAUGAUGAGCUCGGACGUGCUCAACUUCCGCGUCGUGCGGUCGCUCGCGCACAUUUGCACCAAGCUCAAGCGCAUCAAGAUCUUGCGCAUCGUGGUCAACGUGGUCGGCGACGACGGCGAGGCGGGCUGGGCCUCGCGCUUUGCGUCCAUGCCGACGCACGAAGAGCACGGCGACGCGAUCGACGUGGUCGUUGUCGACCGGCACGAAGCCACCGACAUGCUCAUCGAGCUUGCGGCCUGCGGGAAGCUCAUCAACCAAAAGGAAAUCUUGUCGCCGCGCGCCGACACGCACGACGAGGACGAGGACGAGGACAGUGACGAGUGCAACGUCAAGAUCAAGGUGAGCCUCUCCACCAAGAUGCGCCAAAUGCUCUGGGUCUAA